AGCGAAUCGCAUUCGUGUUGGUGAGGAAGGAUUGAACAUGCUCCGUAACCUGUCCAAGUCGCUGAAUGCGCUGUCAAAGACCUUGGUCGCAGUGAGGCCGCGUUCACAUGUAGGACUGACUCAUGCACCGCUGCGAGCUGCGCUUGUGUCUGGCGCGGUAAAGUCUGACAUGGGUGGUCGAACGUAUUCCACCACGACGCCGCCGUCACCAAAGCUCGACGACAUCAAGGCACACAUCGCUAUGAUGGAGCAACUCACGUGCAAUGGUUGUGGGAUUGAGCUGCAGUUCGACGACAUCGCUAAAGUCGGGUACUGCACCGAGAAGGCCCUGGAGAGCCUCGAGAGCGUGCGCGAGAUCUCGACAUCGCUGAUUUGCCAGCGAUGCUUUCAAAUCCGAAACUACGGCAAGGUCACCGACUCUCGAAUGCCGUACGACGAGUACGAAAAGCGAGUCAAGGCGCUGAAACCACGAGACAUGCUGGUGGUGCAACUGGUCGACAUCCUCGACAUCACGGGAAGUCUCUUGGGCAAUGCCCGCCAUGUGGUCGGGAACAAGUCGGUGAUGCUCGUGGUGAACAAGGGCGAUCUCAUUCCAGUCAAGUCGGGGUCCCGCCGACUCUUGCGGCGCAUCAAGCAAGCUGCCGCGGACUUUGGCAUUGAAAACGUGAUUGGCAUCCGAUUGAUCAGCUCCGUCAAGGGUGCUGGGAUCCCCGAAGUCGUGUCCGAUAUCAAGAGGUAUCGCCAAGGUCGAGACAUUUGCGUCAUUGGUGCUGCGAAUGCGGGCAAAAGCACGUUCCUGAACGCGCUUCUAAAGCACUCGACAAAGAACAAGCGAUUCCUCAGCAAAGCCAUCAAGAGCGGGAUUCCUUCCAUCGAGGACGUGGAUGUGAGUGAAGUCGUCCCGGAAGCGCCGACGGCCGACGCGGACGUUGCCGAAGAGGACAUCCCGGAAGGAGACCUGAUCAGCCUCAAGCAGCGCAAGCAGUUGGCCAAGAAGAAGACGGAUGUGUACACUAUGACCACGUCGUCGCUCCCGGGCACGACACUAGCCGUAUCUCCCAUCCCCAUUACCCUCGGAGACGAAUCGUGCAAUAUCUUUGACACGCCAGGGCUGAUUGUGAAUCGCAAACGCCAAAAACUGAUUGAAUUUCUAUCCAAGUCGAGCGUGGACGAGCUCAACAGCAUCUUGCCAGGCAAAAAGCUUCCGGUUUGGCGUGUAUAUGGUACAUAUUGGUCAAACUAACACUGGAUCGUUCGUUGUUUGUUAGUUGACGAUUUUCAAGAUGACACCCGGGCGCAGCUUGUUUCUAGGCGCGAUGCUUCGCUUGGAUUAUGAGAAUGACAUGGUCAAAGAAAGCAAAGCCGCCACCAAUUCGCUCUUGUUUUCGUGGUAUGGGGUACUCCCUGGCCACUUGAGCAAGACGGCGAGUACGAACAAUUACGAACUACCUACCUACAACCUAACUACUAAACUUGUUCAACUAAAGCACAUCGAGUAGAUGCGGAAGAAACGUUCAUGAAGCAUGCGGGUGGAUUGCUGUCCCCACCCCGUGGACUCGACGCCUUGAGCUUCACCGGUCCCCUCGUGCACCGCGACCAAGUGAUUGUGAAGGACUAUGUCGGCCAAGACGUCAUGACUCGGUCAAGCAACCCGAAGAAACCCAAGCGGACGACGGUACUUGAACUGGUCGUGCCUGGGUUUGGGUGGUUGGGGGUCACUGGCAUCGACAUGGACGGCACCCAGACGCUAGAGAAGACGCUCAAGAGCGCGCGCAUCCAAAUUUCAACCUGCGAAGGCGUCGAAGUGCACCAACGGUCGGCCUUGUACCCGUUUGAAAUGACAGACACCAACAAGAACUUGUGGAAGCAGAACUAAGCUUAGUACAAUGAAUACAGUAUCAAUCAGCGAUACGUUGUGGCGC